GAUAUCUAACAGCGCAGCUGCAACCAUCACCGGAGAGAUCGAUCGAUCAAAUGAGCAAAAUGUCAGUGCAGGCGUACGUGGACGAACAAUUGAUGGCCAACAUUGAGGGAAACCACCUCACCGCCGCCGCCAUCAUCGGCCAUGACGGCACCAUUUGGGCUCAGAGCCCUACCUUUCCCACUGUGAAGACGGAGGAGGUCACUGAUAUAAUGAAAGACUUUGAUGAGCCUGGACAUCUCGCCCCUACCGGACUCCACCUUGCCGGCCAAAAAUACAUGGUGAUCCAAGGAGAACCAGGCGCUGUGAUCCGUGGCAAAAAAGGGCCUGGUGGGCUUACCAUCAAGAAAACUGGGCAGGCAUUGAUAGUUGGUGUGUAUGAUGAGCCAGUGACUCCAAGUCAGUGCAACAUAGUGGUGGAGAAGAUUGGUGACCACCUUAUUGAUCAAGGCAUGUAGUCAAACAAACAUCAUAGUUUUAUUUUUGUGUUCAUUGAAUCCUGUCCUGGGUGACUAUUUCAGAAAAAUAACUACCCAGAUAGAGGGAGUUCGAUAGUUUGUGUUUAUGUUUGUCUUUCGAUUUCUUAUGGAGCUAUUUGGGCCCGCUAUGGAGCCCAACACCUUCUACCAUUUUUUCCUGCCUUGUAUGUUUGGGAGCCCGACUGAGGCCCAAUUAAACGCUUUUGGUUCAUUUCAAAAUUUUAUCAUCUUUUGGUUCUCGGAAAUGUAAAAUUAGUGAGAAUUGUUUUGUA